AUCUAAAGACAAUUUGGCUGAGAAGUUGAAGGGUUGUGGACAUUCAGGACCAUCAAAUUUCAUCUAUCUCGUUUGUUACCUCGGCUCUUUCUCUGGUUUGCUUACCGUUGCAACCCACGGCAGAGGGACCGGCUCUUUGCUGAAGCAUUCUUCCACAAUCUGAUUGGAAGAGACUCUCACGAUACACAUUGUGAAAAACUAUUCAAAGCAUCAAAAACUAUUCAAGGCCUUGUUGAUAGAGAUGGAAAGCUUAGCGUGCCUAUCCCUCUAGAAUUUCGUGCACCGGUAGGGGACUAUGCCUCAAAACUAGCCUCAAAGAUUGGUGUAGAAGUGCGAAUUCGUUUACCAGAUCCAAGUGUUCGUAGGUGGAAGUAUGUUGAUGCCUUCGUUAAGGAGGCGAUGUUUCAACGCUUGAAUGAUCAAUUUGAUUUACAAGGAGACCCUGUUGAUAUAGAGAAGGCAAUGAACACAAAAUUUGGUCGGAGAUUGAGUAACCAUACCUAUAGGCUGCACAAACAAUUCAUGAAGCUGAAGGAGCCUAAAGGGGAGGAGUAUGCAAGAAACCACCCACCGAAGAAUGUUGAUCCUACCAAGUGGAUAGAUCUUAUUAAUAAAAAGUGAAACACUAAAGAAUUUCUGGAACAAUCAAAGGCCAACAUCGCGAACAGAGAAAGGAUGUAUACAAAACAUAGGUGUGGUUCUAAGUCAAUCCCUGUUAGAGUAGAAAAACUGGCACAAGAAAAGAAGAUGCUACCUGAUCUAGCAGAGUUGUACAAGGAAACUCACUAUAAUGAGAAAACACAUGAAUGGAUCUCAUCUCAAGCUCAGUGUAAUUAUGAAAAUAUGAUACAGACACAGGCUAAUCACCUCUCACAGCCGGGAUCAACCCCUCUGACUGCAGAAGAGCUAUCAAUCAAAGUCCUAAAGCCAAGGUCUGGCUAUGUGAAGGGACUUGGCAUGAGACCUUCAUUCCCUAUUAGGAGGACCACUACCAUAUAUGCUAAAACAAAUGAUUAUGUGAAGCGCCUUGAGAUGCAAAUAGAGACACAGAAGGAACAAAUACAAAUGCAGAACAAUAAAAUAGAAGAUCUUGAAGAGGGUAAGAAGAAGCGAGGGGAGAUAAUGGCUGAUGUUGUCAACUUUUUGAAGACCAAAGGAUUCACUGGACACUUUGGAAGUGGAGGGGACUCAUCCACAAGUGGACAUACUUCUUGAUUGGAUUGGGGUGGCAUUUUUGACGUGCAACAAUGAUGUAAUUUGCUUGAAUGUUCAUUUUUGUUUGAUAAUGAUACACUUUUUGGAGUUACACUAGUUAUUGUUGGAUUUUUGGUGGAAUUGAACCAGUUAUAACUUUUCGAUAUUUUGUGGAUAUUUCACUAGUUUAUUGUAUUAUGAUGAAAUUAUUUGUAAUGAUGAAUGGAUAUUUUCAUUUUGUUAA